CUAUGUUCUAUUUUAAUACUUCGAGGUUAAUACGGAAUCAACUACCACAGAAUAAUUUAAUUAUUUGAUUUAAUUAGGUUAUUACAAUUCCAUGUGAUUCCCAAUUGAAUCUAUAAAUCAAGGCUCCAGUGACAGUGCUGUCAUAUUUCAGCAACAACUAACUUCCAAGUUCCAAGGCGAAGAAAACAAUGGCCACCACCACCAUAGAGAGGGAUAUGGAGAAUAAGGGUCACGAAGGACUGAAACAUCUUGGGUUUGUUAAGGUUGCAGCCAUUAAAGGCUUUGUCUGUGUUUCGAAUCUCUACCACUUCGCGAAGCAAAAUUCUGGACCCUUGAGAUCUGCAGUUGGAACCGUCGAAGAUACAGUAACUACUGUUCUGGGUCCUGUCUACCACAAAUUUAAGGGUGUCCCAAACCGUCUUCUCCUUUUUGUGGACAAUAAGGUGGAUGAAGCAACCCACAAAUUCGAUGAGCAUGCACCUUCUCUGGUUAAGCAAGUUGCAAGCCAAGCGAAUUGUUUGGUCCAGGAAAUGACAAACAAGGCUGAAAAAGUAGUGAGUGAGGCUCAAUCUGGUGGGGCACGAGCAGCAGCACAAUAUAUUGCCACAGAGUCAAAGAAAAUUGUGGUGUUUGGUUCGGUGAAAUUGUGGGGUGGUCUCAACCACUAUCCACCAUUCCAUGCAGUGGCAGAAAUGGCGGUUCCCACUGCUGCACACUGGUCAGAAAAGUACAACAAUGUGGUGAAGGGAAUGAGUAAAAAGGGUGGUGGUGUGUUAGGGUAUUUGCCUCUGAUUCCAACUGAUGACAUAGCCAAGGCGUUUAAGCAGGGGGGAGGCAAUGUGAAUGAAGAUGAAGCAGGUUAUGAAGGAGAGGGUUCUUCUUGAGUAAUAAUAGAACUACCACUACUCUAGUCGCUAGCUAUUUUCUUUAUAAAAUCUGGUUCUGACUAGUGUCUGUUCGAGUUUGAGGGCAAUGUUGGUGUGAAUGGAAGUGUAAGAAAUGGUUGAGAUUGUGUCGAGAGUGUAUGUUAACCAAUCCCAAGUAGAAAACAUUAUGUCAUUAUGUGAAUGGUUGCGUUAAAUGUUCACUAAUUUGAAGUUGUUUGGUUCAAGCCUUUUCUUACU